GUUAUAAUCAAAUCGAAUGUCUCAUCUUUCAAACCUCUGCGAUUAGCGAUGAAAAAAACAACCAGCAUACGCGUUUUAAAGAACUAUCUUCAAUCACGUCUAGGUGGGGCUCAGCAAAUCGUUCUCAUACACAAAGAUAAGGAGCUAAAGAAUGAAUUAGGCUCACUCGCCACAGCCGGUGUUACGUCAGGCAGUAUAUUAUGGUUACUUGUAAAACCAGUUGCUGGCAAUAAUGAUCGUGAAGAGAUUGCAACGUUAAUUCGAAUGUCACAGUCACUUGCUAAUCUGAGAAAUAUGAUACGUUCACUGCCAUCAGUUGAUCCUGCCGAAUCAAACUUCUCUGCGUCAGUUACAUUUUCGAUUGUUACUUUGCUGCUUGAAUCAGUUACGAUUCAUAGCUAA